UUAAAGCUCUCGACAAUGUCUUCUAAAGAUACUUUAGUACCAAGUCAAAGGUUGUCUGGAUUACAAGUCAGAGGUUUCUAUUCUUCAAGGAGAAUUCCUCUUCCUGUGACAUACACAAGAGAGUUUAUUCCUGCGAAUUUGAGUCAUAUUCCCACACAAAGGACAGCAAGAGCGUGGCCACACUUAGAGCACCUGGCUGAAGAAAUUGCUCCACUGAUUGAAUGUGAAGUAGGCCUGCUCAUUGGUUACAAUUGCUCACAAGUGUUGGUACCCAGAGAAGUUGUGGCAGGAAAAGAUAAUGAACCUUUUGCCCAAAGAACAGACCUUGGCUGGACAAUAGUUGGAGGAACUAAUCCAUGUGUUGACUAUGGGGACGCCAUAGGAUGUAGCCACAAAAUCAUUGUCAAGGAAGUGACACCCAGUCAGUCAGCUGAACAGUUGGUCAAAGAAGUGCAAUACAUCUGUCGCACACAAGUCAAAGAGGUGGUCACAUCCGCAGAUGUAAUUAAAGUGCUCGAGUCCGACUUCAAUGAAAGAAAGGUGGAAGACUCACACUUCUCACAAGAAGAUUUAAGGUUCAUCUCCAUAAUGGAAGAAGGAGUGAAGAUGAAAGCAGAUGGACACUGUGAGUUACCUUUGCCAUUUAAGGAAGACAGACCAAGUCUGGCAAACAACCGGAGCUGUGCAGAACACAGACUCAAAUAUUUGAAGAGAAGAUUUGAGAAGGACAACCAAUACCACAAAGACUACACAGAGUUCAUGAAAGAGACUAUAGAGCGUGGUGAUGCAGAAAGAGUUCCCUCUGUAGACCUGGACAAAAGCCCUGCCUGGUACAUUCCACACCAUGGAGUGUAUCAUCCACAAAAGCCUGGCAAAAUAAGAGUGGUGUUUGAUUGUUCAGCGAAGUACGAAGGAGUGUCCUUGAACGACUACCUGCUUACAGGGCCAGAGUUAACCAACUCUCUGGUGGGGGUCCUGUGUCGAUUUCGGAAAGGUCCAGUUGCAGUGAUGUGCGACAUUGAGCGCAUGUUUCAUCAAUUCAGAGUCAGAGAAGAAGAUCAAGAUUACUUUCGCUUCUUGUGGUGGGACAAUGGAGACUUCAACUCUACUCCAUCUGUCUAUCGCAUGCGCGUACACCUGUUUGGAGCUGCUUCUUCCCCUGCCUGUGCGAACUUUGGUCUCAAGUAUAUUGCUGCACAAGGUCAAGGCAAGUUCAGUGAAGCUACCAUAAGGUUCAUUGAGCGAAAUUUUUAUGUGGACGAUGGUCUUAUCAGUUUCCACUCAGAAGAAGAGGCAAUUCGUUUGGUGAAGGAAGCCAAGGAACUUUGCAGAACAGGAGGCUUGCGACUUCACAAGUUCGUUUCAAACAGUAAGCAAGUGCUUAAUUCGCUGCCGGAAGAAGAUUGUGCAGAAACAGUAAGGAAAGACUUGUCACUGGGCGAGCAACAAAUUGAAAGAGCCCUAGGUGUCAAAUGGUGCAUCGACUCGGAUCAUUUCCAGUUUCGAGUAGUUGUGAACGAGCAGCCACUUUCCAGAAGAGGAGUGUUGUCCACGGUAGCCUCUAUUUACGAUCCACUUGGCUUUGUGGCACCUUUUGUUCUACUUGGGAAGCAGAUACUACAGCAGAUGUGUCGUGAGAAAGCAGAUUGGGACGAACCACUCACAAGCGAUCUGAAGUCACGGUGGGAGUCCUGGUUGUUGGAUCUAAAAAAUCUAGCAGAUGUCAAAAUUGACAGAUGUUACGUGCCAAGAGAUUUUCAACCAGUUCAGAAGUACGAGCUUCACCAUUUCUCAGACGCAAGUGUUUCAGGGUAUGGUGUUUGUACGUACCUGAGAGCUGUCAGUGAAGCAGGACAAGUUCACUGCUCUCUUGUCUUUGCUAAGUCCAGAGUAGCACCCACGAAGGUUACUACGGUGCCAAGAUUGGAGCUGUCUGCAGCAGUUGUAGCAGUGCGGAUUAGUGACAUGCUCAAAGCAGAGUUGGAGCUAGAAGAUGCCCAAGAAUUCUUCUGGACAGAUUCUCAAGUUGUCUUGGGAUAUAUCAACAACGAUGCAAGACGGUUCCAUGUUUUCGUUGCAAAUCGCAUUCAGCGUAUUAAGGAAAGCACUCAACCGAUGCAAUGGAAGUUUGUGGCAUCAGAUCUCAAUCCAGCUGACCAUGCGUCGCGCGGACUGAAGGCCAAAGACCUUAUUACCUCCAACUGGUUUAGCGGUCCAAGUUUUCUUUGGCAAGAGAAACUUCCCCACGGAGAAGUCGAGGUGGGAAAAUUUGAUGCAGAGGAUCCAGAAGUACGCAAAGCUGGUGUACUCCAUACAACUACGGAAACAGAUUCUUUGGCAGAACGUUUUCAGAAAUUCUCCAGUUGGUCAAGGUUGGUCAAAGCGAUGGCAAGACUUCUCAGAUUUGUGAAAGAAUACUUAUUGAGCCUACAACAAAGACAAAAGUGGCACAAAACAAACAGAAAUGCAAAGGUCAAUGACAUAGUGAUCGUACAAGAUGACCAAGCAUCAAGAAACGACUGGAAGUUGGCCAAAGUUGUUGCCAUACACCCGAGUGAAGAUGGAUGUAUACGCAAAGUGCAACUGUUAAUGAGUGACUCAUUGUUAGAUGACCAGGGAAAGAGACUGAGUAAACCAGUUCUACUUGACAGACCUAUACACAAGACUGUGACACUAUUAGAAGCAGAUUAGUGUACAUUUCAUAAGUUCAUGGGUGAAAAUCACAAGUGAUUUGGUGGGAGUGUAGCUGCCGUCAAAAGCAACUCUCACAUUUAAGUUCAUUUUAUUGGAUUUAAUGUUGAAACAAUUAGUAGUUGAAAUAUUAAGAAAUAAUAAAUAAAUAGUAAUUCAUUUUUGUUGAUUAGAUUUAUAUGUUUAAAUGUGUAUUUGUGCUAACUGUGCAAUUAGAUAGGAACCUUUUCUAUAGUUCCGUCUGGUGUUGCUAGGAGGGCAUUUUUCUUGGCUGGCACACUCAGCAAGCUAAUUAAGAGACGAGCCACGAGGUUUGCACGUCUACAGAAAGUUGUGAAGAGUGUUUUGGACUACCCCACGACGUGAGGAUUAAAGUUUUUAUUCCCUUUGAGUGAGGCCAAUGAGUUCUGACGGCAUUGUAUCGGCUGUGGUUGGACAUCAUUACAUGUUAAGGCAUGUCGAAGAAUCCUCCUGUCCGAAAUAAAUGUCAGUUUAAAAGCAAA